AUGCCCGUCGAACGCCAACCCGCCCAAAAACGCCGACGACUUCCCUUCAACCCACCGCGGCGCGCGUCGCCCGGCGAGGGACCCUCAACUUCAGCACCAGCAACCAAAUCCAACACAAAAAGCACCACAAUCCCCUCCUCAAACACAUCGAAGCCAAAACCCAGACGCAAGUCAACAACAACAACAACAACCUCAUCCUCCCGCAAGAAAGCCCCAUCCCCCACCCCCUCCGCCUCACCCUCCGACUCCGCCGCCGAAGACAACCGCGACCCCUCCGAAGACGAAGAACCAAAUUACAUGCUCGCCGAGAUAAUCCACGGCAAGGAAUCCGAAGACGUAACGACAAGCGACCCCGCGAUUCCGGGGAAAUUGCUUACGAGGUUACUGCACCACAACUUCCAGAACGAAAAGACGAAGAUCGCGAAGGAUGCGAAUGAAGUUGUGGCGAAGUAUAUUGAUGUUUUUGUGAGGGAGGCACUUGCGAGGGCUGCUUAUGAGAGGGCUGAGGGUAGGGUUGGUGGGGGGAGUGUUGGGGAUGGGUUUUUGGAGGUCGAGGAUCUUGAGAAAAUGGCGCCGCAGCUUGUUUUAGAUUUCUAG